AUGGGUUCUUCCCACCAUUCCAGAGUUCCUCCCUUCCCUGCAGCCCCCCAAAAGAGGAUCCCUCUGGCCUCCAAUUACACCACUCUGGAAGCUGUCCCUGGGCAAAGGUCCAGAAGGAAGAGAGGCCAGAAGAGGAGGAACCUGGCAGAAGUCAGGGCAGCUGCCCAGGAGAGUUGCCCCCUGGCCUCCAACUCCUACUCCUCUGAGACUUUCUCCCAGCUACAGCUCUGGAGAAAAGGGGGGCAGAAGAGGAACGUAUGGACUGUCCAUCAUGUGGAGGGAACAAAACUCAGGAUGAACAGGAAGAGAAGACCCAGUUACCGCCCCGAGGACCAGGAAGCAUUCUACCGACUUCUGGAGGACCCCAUCAUUCAGACCUUCUUGGAAGCUGACAUUUUCCUCAAAGUCUCUGAUAAGUACCUGCUCUCCAUGGUGGUCGAGUACUUCGGCCGGGUCGGGCUGCCUGGACACCUCUACAACAGGAUUCACUUCUUCCUGGCCCUCUAUAUCGCAUCAGACAUGGAGGAAGACAACCCCAUGUCCAAGAGGAGCAUCUUCCAGUUCCUGCUGGGCAGAGAGCACUGGCCAGAGCUCUACAAGGAGUUCCUGAAGCUGAAGAUAGAGUUCUUCCAUGCAAUGGAGUACCGAGCCUGGGUCACCCCAGAGCUGUGUGAAGAGAUCCAGGCCCAGAACCCACACCACUGGGUCUGGGGCCGGGUGCGACAAUGUGCCCCCUAG